AUGUCGACAUCACAGGAUCAAGAGACAAACAAGCAUCUGUCAAAGAAGCUGCGGACCGCCGUCUCCAAACGGAUCGGGCGGCCAAAGGGCACAAAGAAUAAGCGGACUGCGGACCGGAUGAACCGCCAACAAUCGGAAAGAGAGCGGAAAACCCAUAAGAAUGAACGCGAAAGUCAGGUGCCCGCCUCGACGCCAUCUCCAGGCCUGGUCUCAAGGGCACAAACGCAGCCGCUAGCAUUUGACAACAGCACGGGCCAACAGCCAGCAACAAUGGGCAACAUAUCCAUCGACACGCUGCUCGAAGGUGCUGCUCAUAUCCCCUACUCGCUGCCGAGCUCCGAGGGUCGUGGCCUUUUCGCUGACAAUAUCAAUCGUUGGUAUGAUUUCGGAGACCUGGCUGAGAUCUCCCCUUUGAAGUCUUCCCUGACCUCGUCUUUCGAACCUAUUCGGUCCUUUCCCAACGAUAGCCGUUCGCAAUAUCCUCAUAACGAUUCAGCAUACGUCUCCCCGGGCAGUGUCUUUGGCGAGAUGAGAACCGUCGCUCUUGCAUCGGUUUCUCCCAACGACAUGAACCUAACACCAUCGGCCCCUUCGCCGUGCCUGUUUCCGUCACCAGAGUACAACUUCUUUCCAACCAUGCGCGACUUCCCUGCUGCCUCAGAGACCUCGAGCAGAGGCGUGCUCAGCCACGACUCCAUCUUGUCCUUUCCACCGCGAAGCAGGCUCUCAUACCCUGGUUAA